AUGGCGGCGGCGGCGGCGGCGGGCGAGGCGCGCCGGGUGCUGGUGUACGGCGGCCGGGGCGCGCUGGGCUCGCGAUGCGUACAGGCCUUCCGGGCCCGCAACUGGUGGGUCGCCAGCAUCGACGUGCAGGAGAACGAAGAGGCCAGUGCCAAUGUCGUGGUUAAAAUGACAGACUCGUUCACGGAGCAGGCCGACCAGGUGACGGCUGAGGUGGGAAAGCUCCUGGGUACAGAGAAGGUGGAUGCGAUCCUUUGUGUGGCUGGAGGAUGGGCUGGGGGCAAUGCCAAGUCCAAGUCGCUCUUUAAAAACUGUGACCUGAUGUGGAAGCAGAGCGUGUGGACAUCCAUCAUCUCCAGCCACCUGGCCACCAAGCAUCUCAAGGAUGGAGGCCUCCUGACCUUGGCGGGGGCCAGGGCCGCCCUGGAUGGGACACCUGGGAUGAUCGGCUACGGCAUGGCCAAGGCCGCGGUGCACCAGCUCUGCCGGAGCCUGGCCGGGAAGAACAGCGGCCUGCCACCUGGGGCUGCAGCCGUCGCCCUGCUCCCGGUCACCCUGGACACCCCGGUGAACAGGAAGUCGAUGCCCGAGGCCGACUUCAGCUCCUGGACGCCCUUGGAGUUCCUGGUCGAAACCUUCCAUGACUGGAUCACAGAGAAAAACCGGCCAAGCUCAGGAAGCCUAAUCCAGGUGGUGACCGCGGAGGGGAAGACGGAGCUUACCGCGGCGUCUCUAUAA